UGCCCUCCGUUCGUACACUAAGCAUUCUGAAGUACGUGAUCCUUUGCUUUUCAACGGCGCAAGUGUGAGCUAAGCUGGCAGACGACAACUAGAACACACUACGAUUGGCGCGAACGGAAAAUUAGAUGUGAACCAUCAUUGCUCGUGGCACCGCAAGGCGUUUGGAACAUCAUACAGUAUACAGUAUAAGAGCGCUUGAUAAUAAAGGAUAUAGGCCUAUACUAUCAUCAAGUUCUUUGUGAUCGAAGAGCUUUUGUUGAUUUGGAGGGAUCCUGAACGUCAGAAUGAUUGAACAUUUGAAAGAGGUUAAGAGGUUUGAAGAUUCGUCGUCUGCGGAGCUACGUUAUGCUUCGAGGAAGGAAGGAGAUACGGAGAAGUCUGCUCACUCGGGUGACUACAAUUGUCAUGAACUGGUUUUAAAAGGUGCAUCCAACAACACCACGACAAUGGAUACACCGCCAGCGGGCGUCCUGUCCCGCGCCCGCCCGGUGUUCCGGGUUGCUGCCUUACUGUGUAUGGUGCUCGCUGUGUCUCUAGUUCCUUCUAUCACCUUGUAUCAUCGGGUCAGAGAGCUGGAAGGGCGAGUAUUGAGGCAAACACGCGACCUGUCUGAGUUGAGGUUAAGAGAGGAGGAGGGUUUAACGGGUGUUGGUGAGAUGGAGGAUGCCCGCUACAUCGGGAGGAAGAUGCUAGCUGAAAGCUGUGAUUGCCCUCCAGGCCCAAAAGGAGAUUCAGGACCACGAGGUGAACGAGGCAGACAGGGAUCUACAGGCAGAAGAGGAGAGAAAGGGGAUCCAGGAGAAUCCGGCGUAGAUGGCGUGUUCGGACAGGAUGGGGAUAUAGGGGUUAAAGGAGACAAGGGGAACCAAGGCCUGCCAGGUGAAUCAGGACCAGCUGGUCCUAAGGGCGUGGCCGGUAGCCCUGGUCAGCCUGGUAUUGGAGGCCCCCCUGGUCUACCUGGUCCCCAGGGUAUGAGAGGGCAGAAGGGUGUGGAAGGCCCUCCUGGACCCCCCGGACCACAAGGACCUCCAGGAACUCCGAUGACUGCGGGAUUGGCUUCAACGCAGCUUGGUACUUCUACCUCUCCCUUGGCUGCUAUACACCUUCAGGCAAUGCCAGAAGAUCUUUAUUCAGGAUUAACAAGACUAGAUGAGUAUGGUCACUUGAACUCUUGGUUUAUUAGCACGACAACAGGAGGGUUUUCACUCGGUCGCGAUGGCAACGUAACGGUACUCUCUCGUGGCCAUUACUAUGUCUACAGCAGUGUGCUGUUCUACGAUAAGUCUGCUUUUUACGGUGCUUCAACGAAUAUCAACGGUGUCCCUUUCCUUAAAUGCAUGGGUGUAAGAGGUUCUGCUUUUGCAAGAUUCGGAUCGUGCAAGUCCAGUGGCGUGAUGCUUUUGGAGGCAGGUGAUCACGUGGGUGUGGUUUCGUCAUACCCCUCACGAACAGUGGACAUGCGUCCCGACUCGACAUACUUCGGUUUCAUCAAGCUAACGUAGCAUGUUCAUUCGGAAUACAGAACGGGCCAGAAACCAGCGACAGAUCCAGGGGCAUCUGGGGCACGUGCCCCCCCCCCCCUCCCCCCGCCCACAACACAUCAAACGUGCCGACGAUAUUUGUUGUUGUUUGUUUGUUACGGACUCAGAUUUGUGUGCCCUCUCGCGUGCUGUAUUCACCCCCCCCCCCCCCCUCCCACCCAACCAACGAAUCCUGGACCCGCCACUGUUAACAAUAUUUAUCUAACAUCAUUAUCCCAUUUUAUUUAGCGGGUAAAAGAGCUUUAUUCUUUUUGUAUUUAUCUUUUUCCACAUAUUUAUGUAACAUUUCGUUAACUAUCAGGAUUUUCCCGUUAUUUAGGUGUAGGUUGACUUUGAAUAACUUCAUAUUAGUCCCCGUGGUUAGUCAUUUUUUGUAUGACAAAAGGAAAAAGAGAAGGCGAAAGAUUGUGAUGCGAUGAAAAUCAAUAUAAUGAAGAUUAUAAUUAUGCCCUAAUCAUAUUUGUUCAGUUCCAGAUUCAAAUUUGUUUUAAUUUCAGCAUAUCCUUGUUCAGUUAUAUGUAAUGUAUAUAUUCGAAAUUGCGAAUUAGAGCUCGUGCGAAACUGAUUUGUAAAGGCUUUUAAACACCAAACAGUAUUUUGUACAGAUGUAGGCUACAUGUAGGUUUAAUAAUCUUGGACACUACUUCAUGCGAUCCUUGGGUAUGAAGAAGAAAAAAGGAAGAGUCUUGGCGAGAGAUUACAAGGUUUUGUUGUUUCCCUUGUAGUAUUCAACAGUCUUAAACGGAGGAAAUGUAUAUUGUAGUAAAAUAACUGAGAAACCUGAAUGCGUAUCAUACAUUUUCUUGUAUGAAUGAAAUCUGUAAAUAAAUAGACUUGUAAAUAACAUGUACAUUAAGCUUGGUUAACUGGAUUUGAGUUUCAGCGAAACAAAGUGUAUUCACUUUUUGUACUGGUUGUGUAAAAUGCUUAUUGUUUGUUGCUGUUUACAAAUGAACCAAUUAUGAAAAUGACCAAGCAAAAUAGUAUUUACAAUUACACCAUUACUACUCUUGUCUUUAUUUAUGUUGGUUCCGAAUCACCACUUUACAAUUUAUCGUUUUAGACCAAUAUGUACUUAAAAACCGUAUCAAAAAUCGACGUUGAAACUUGACACAACUUCUGACAGUAUAGCCUUAGACCAUUUGAACUGAAUAUUGAAGAAAUUAGUUCUCUCUCUUAUCCUUUUCUCCUUCUUCUUCUUUUACAUUAUUUUCUUCUUCUUCUUGUUUAAAAUAAGGCAAUGCCGGGAAAUCGACUACAAUUUAUACUACCCAUCAAAGUUUAAAGAGCUGUUACAUAUUAUAUAAAUAUAUUUGUUCGAUAUUAUUAUACUUACGUUAACUUGUUUUACCUAUCGCUUUGUGUACAUACGUUGUAUUAAAAAGGGCAUUUUUAGAAACAUA